UUUCUGUGCGUCGCUCUGAACUCUGGCCAUUUCGAUUUCCAUCGCCAGCCCAGCUCAGUCGCGUGCAGAGCCUCGUCGCUUUCGCACCUUCCCAUUCACUCCCUCCUCCAUGACAACGCCCAAAGCCGGCUCUGCCUCCCUCCAACCCAUAGCAGCUCAACGUCGCUCCUCCUCCUCCUCUGCUCUCGCGAUCCCCGAAAAUGCCCUCGCGCUUCCUCACUAAUCCUUCCCUCGCCCGCUCCUCCGACCGCUCCUCCGCCGACUUCCCUCGCGGCGACGCCAUGGCCGCCAGCUCGUCCUCCUCCUCGUCCUCCUCGUCUUCCCGGUGCACCGAAAUCUGGAACUACCUGUGGAUUCCUCUGCUAAUUUCCUUCUCCAAGGAGCUAACCCUAGCCAAGGCGCAGUCCGGGAUCCUCCUGCCGAGUCAGCUCGAGAAUGAGGCGGCGUCGGCGAGCAGCGCCGUCCCGAGGUGCCCGGCGCCCGAUCCCAAGCUCAAUUUCCGGCCGGUGAUUGGGAUCCUCAGCCACCCUGGCGACGGCGCCUCCGGCAGGCUCAACAACGCGUCCAACGCCUCGUACAUUGCAGCGUCGUAUGUGAAGUUCGUUGAGUCCGCCGGCGCGAGGGUCAUUCCGUUGAUAUAUAACGAGCCGCCGGAGGUUCUCUUCGAGAAGCUGAACAUGGUGAAUGGAGUGCUCUUUACUGGAGGGUGGGCUAAAAGCGGAUUGUAUUAUGAGACCGUGAAGGCAAUUUUCAAGAAAGUUUUGGCGAAGAAUGAUGCUGGUGACCACUUCCCAUUGUACGCCAUCUGCUUGGGCUUUGAACUAUUAACAAUGAUAAUCAGCGAGGACAAAAGCAUUCUUGAGGAAUUUAAUGCUGCAGAUCAAGCAUCCACUCUACAAUUUACUAGAAACACGAACAUUGAAGGAACAGUAUUUCAAAGAUUCCCGCCAGAUUUGCUUCAAAAGUUGAGUACAGAUUGCCUUGUCAUGCAAAAUCAUCAUUAUGGCAUCUCGCCAGAAAGACUGAUGCAGUACACCGACUUAACGAAUUUCUUUAAGGUCUUGACAACCAGCACAGAUGGAGACAACAAGGUCUAUGUCUCCACAGUACAAGCACACAAUUAUCCUGUAACUGCUUUCCAAUGGCAUCCAGAGAAAAAUGCUUUCGAGUGGGGUUUGUCCAUGAUACCACACUCAGAUGAUGCCAUUCAAGUUACACAGCAUGUAGCGAACUUCUUUGUCAGUGAGGCUAGGAAGUCCGGAAACAGGGCUUCUGCUCAGAAAGUGCUGGACAAUCUGAUCUAUAAUUACAGUCCCACCUAUUGUGGGAAAGCAGGGAAGGGAUAUGACGAGGUUUAUAUCUUUACGUGACUGUGAACCCCACAUUUUUCACGGGCGUCAAGUCUCCUAUUCUGAAGAAGGCGUCUUACCGAAUUGCUCGAAAUCAGAAAUUUGCUCUUUAUGUAAAUGAGAUUAUGAGAUGUAUGGACAUUAUUAUUUUAGCAGAAACUAACGGCAAAUGUUGAACGUUUUCCUAGUUAUCUGAACUUGAACUAUGCAUGAUUUGUCACCUGUAAGCUACUCGAUGACUUUGUGUCUUGAUGAGUCAAUCAAUGGACGAUCUAGGGUCUCAUCUCUUUGCAAGU